UAGUAGCCCUCGGAAGAGUGACAGGGAAAGUGCAUGUGCUACGGCAUGCUGCAGACGCCCCUUGCUCGCUCGCUCGCUCUCUUGCCUGCCUGCCUGCCUCCCCUCCCUCCGUCUCCGUCUCCUCUCGCUCUCCCUCUCCAGCCGAGCUUGACGCAGGCAGCCAGGAAGCGUGGGGAGCAGCCCAGCCGUCGGAGGAGCGGGGGCCGCCGGGGGAGCAGCGUUUAAGGCGAUGGGGCUCCUCGCCAGCCCCCCGGUCUAGCUCCGCUGCUCCCGGAUCGCCGCGCCGAGCCCCGAGCCAGCCAGGCUGGAGGCGCGCGUCCCACGGCGAACGGGAUCCGGCACCGGCGGCGGGAGGAGGUCGGUCGGUCGGCGGCGCAAUCGGCAAAGUUGGCUUGAAGUGGGACAGGCGGCGGCGGCGGCGGCGGCGUCUACCUUGCGGGGCGGGGGGGAAAGUUCCCAGGAGCGGCGAGGGGGGCGCCGGCAGGAGCCCCCGGGAGGCGGCGGUGGAGGCGGCGGUGGAGGUUGAGGAUGGGGACGCUGCGGGAUUUGCAAUAUGCCUUGCAAGAGAAGAUCGAGGAGCUGAGGCAGAGGGACGCGCUCAUCGACGAGCUGGAGCUCGAGCUGGACCAAAAGGACGAGCUGAUCCAGAAGCUGCAGAACGAGCUGGACAAGUACCGCUCGGUGAUCCGGCCCGCCACCCAGGCGGCGCACCAGCAGCCGGGCACGGGCGCCUUGCAAGGGGAGCAGAGGACCAAGCGGCAGGCCAUUUCGGCCGAGCCCACCGCUUUUGACAUCCAGGACCUCAGCCAUGUCACCCUGCCUUUCUACCCCAAGAGCCCACAGUCAAAGGAUCUAAUAAAGGAAGCAAUUCUUGACAAUGACUUCAUGAAGAAUCUGGAACUGUCUCAGAUCCAAGAAAUUGUGGAUUGUAUGUAUCCAGUGGAAUAUGGCAAAGACAGUUGCAUCAUCAAAGAAGGAGACGUGGGUUCACUGGUGUAUGUCAUGGAAGAUGGAAAGGUUGAGGUGACAAAGGAAGGUGUAAAGCUGUGUACCAUGGGGCCUGGCAAGGUAUUUGGGGAACUGGCCAUCCUUUACAACUGCACCCGGACAGCCACUGUCAAAACUCUCGUAAAUGUGAAACUUUGGGCUAUUGAUCGGCAAUGUUUUCAAACAAUAAUGAUGAGGACUGGCCUCAUCAAGCAUACAGAGUAUAUGGAAUUUUUGAAAAGUGUACCAACAUUCCAGAGCCUCCCUGAAGAGAUACUCAGUAAGCUUGCUGAUGUCCUUGAAGAGACACACUAUGAAAAUGGAGAGUACAUUAUCAGGCAAGGUGCUCGAGGGGACACUUUCUUCAUAAUCAGCAAAGGCAAGGUAAACGUUACUCGGGAAGAUUCUCCUGGGGAAGAUCCAAUCUUUCUCCGUACGUUAGGAAAAGGAGAUUGGUUUGGAGAAAAAGCCCUCCAGGGGGAAGAUGUCAGGACAGCCAAUGUUAUUGCUGCUGAAGCCGUAACGUGUCUUGUAAUCGACAGAGAUUCAUUCAAACAUUUGAUCGGGGGCUUGGAUGAUGUUUCCAAUAAAGCAUAUGAGGAUGCUGAAGCAAAAGCAAAAUAUGAAGCCGAAGCUGCCUUCUUCGCCAACCUGAAACUCUCUGACUUCAAUAUCAUCGACACCCUCGGAGUUGGAGGUUUCGGAAGAGUUGAGCUGGUCCAGUUGAAAAGUGAGGAAUCAAAAACGUUUGCAAUGAAGAUACUAAAGAAACGCCACAUAGUAGACACAAGGCAACAGGAGCACAUACGCUCAGAGAAGCAGAUCAUGCAAGGGGCGCACUCAGAUUUUAUUGUGAGGCUAUACAGGACAUUCAAGGACAGCAAAUAUUUAUAUAUGUUGAUGGAAGCUUGUUUAGGAGGAGAGCUUUGGACAAUUCUCAGGGACAGAGGUUCAUUUGAAGAUUCUACAACCAGAUUUUAUACAGCAUGUGUGGUAGAAGCUUUUGCCUAUUUGCAUUCCAAAGGAAUCAUUUAUAGGGACCUCAAGCCAGAAAACCUCAUCCUAGAUCAUCGAGGUUAUGCCAAACUGGUCGAUUUUGGCUUUGCAAAAAAAAUAGGAUUUGGAAAGAAAACAUGGACUUUUUGUGGAACUCCAGAGUACGUAGCCCCAGAGAUCAUCCUGAACAAAGGUCAUGACAUUUCAGCAGACUACUGGUCACUGGGAAUCUUAAUGUAUGAACUCUUGACUGGCAGUCCACCUUUCUCAGGCCCAGACCCCAUGAAAACCUAUAAUAUCAUAUUAAGGGGGAUUGACAUGAUCGAAUUUCCAAAGAAGAUUGCCAAAAAUGCUGCUAACCUAAUUAAAAAACUAUGCAGGGACAACCCAUCAGAAAGAUUAGGGAACUUGAAAAACGGAGUCAAGGAUAUUCAAAAGCACAAGUGGUUUGAAGGCUUUAACUGGGAAGGCUUGAGAAAAGGUACAUUGACACCUCCCAUAGUACCAAGUGUUGCAUCUCCCACAGAUACAAGCAAUUUUGAUAGUUUCCCUGAGGACAACGAUGAACCACCACCUGAUGACAACUCAGGAUGGGACAUAGACUUUUAAUGUAUUUCUCUUACCUGCUUCUGCCUUGCUGAAGACAGCUUCCUGAGACUUGGCUGCCAGCAGACCUGAAGGAAUUGGGAAGGAUUAGUGCUCGGGGUCACCAUGAUGCCUUGAUUGAUGCUGCUACAGAACUACAGUGGCAUUAGGACUUAUUGCUUAGAUGACAAUAGUGCUCUUCACAUGUUUUCUGUUUGAACUUAUCAUAGCAGUUGACAUGGUGGUCCUGAAGCGAAGCCUUUUUCACUGGUAAAUAAAUGUGUUUUCUAUCACUGUAAUGAAUUUGCUAUGCUCUAGUUGUAAUUUGAAAGUUGAGUAAGAUACACAUAAUUCUAGCUGCAAGAUUGGUUUCUUUAUUGUUUCAGUUCUCAAUAAUGAAAUAUUAAGUACUGUAGUUUAUUCUACGCUGUAGAAUCUACAGUCUAGAAUCUGGGGUAUUCCCAAAUGGCAAAAGAGAUCGGGGAGGGGGGUCUCUUUAAAGAGGGGGGGUCUCUUUAAAGAGGCCAGUGUGCGGAGGACCACGAAGCAAUUGGUCGAGGAGAUUAUGUCAAAGCAGUGCUGUAAGUUGUCUUUCUUUUCAAGCAGUAUUCAUGACAAGAAUGAAUGUUACCUUUUUCCCAGUUUUAAUUCCUGAUGUGCUUUUUUUUUGUAAACUGAUAACAAAAGCACAACUGCUACAGUUUUUGUUGAACUGUUAGGGCAGGUAUGGGUCGGUUUGUUCUCGGAUGUGUCUGGGAACGUAGUAUAUCUAAAAUUUAAUUUUGUUGGUACAGCUACAUAAACGCAUGUAGAAAAUUAUUCUUAAACCUACUCAUUUUACAUAUACAUAUACAUAUAUAUAUAUAAAUAUAUAUUACAUUUAUGUUAUACACACACCAACACAAGGAAAACUAUGCUUAUAGAAAGGUCCUGGAAAGCAGCCAACCGGUCUAAUAGGCACGAACACUGAGCUUAAAACUACAUAUAAUACCUUUUGGAGCCCAAUGAGGGAAAAUGCAAACCCCCACUGCAGACUUUAUAGGUGCUAUGUACAUUCUUCAUCUGUGAAACAAACAUCCACAGUAAUUUUAGGAAAAUAAUGUAGCAAGAGAAGAGUAACGCAAAGGAUUGUUUAUAUGUAUAAUUUUGCUUUGGCUCCACAGCAUUGUUGCCUUUUCUGCUUUGUUAUUUUAUUGAUCCUCUUAAUCCCGAAGUGAUCGGGCUAUACUUGUUUAUUUUUCCAUUCAAAAGAUAAGUAGCUUACUUCUUCCUGUGACACAAAAUCAUAUAACUUUAUCAUUCUGUCUAAAACGUGGCGCACAAUGCAGCUGGAGCGGAGCACUUUGGAAUGCCAUUCAUUUCAAAGGAAGAGUUAAGCCCAGGCUUAAAUUUCUCCCAUAGGAAUCAAUGCAUUUUUAAAAUACUCCUCUUUGGGUGGAUUAUACCCACUUGGCAGAAAUCAUCUGACAUACUCAUGUCACUGUAUUAACAGUAACAUAUUAUGAACACAUAAAGCAACGAUAGCAAUCUUAGCGUAGGCAUUCUUCCCCCAUGUAUGGCAUCAACCAGCAACUGUACAUUCACAGUAUACUCAUAUCUUUAUGGCAAGUAUCAUAACUGCUAAAGCAUCUUUGCUGAUAUGACAAAAAAAUUAUUCAUUUCAAUAAAAUGUUUUCCAACUUUCUAGAUGCCAUCGCAUAAUAGGAAAUGCCCCUGAAAAUAUACAACGCUAUCCAGUCGUUCAUAUCCAUUCAUUUAACCCAUUCAUUCUGAUUACAGCUGCACCACCAAAGUCUUAACAACCUACUCCUUCAUCUGAAGCCAACGAUAGCCCAUUUUCAUCUCAUUUAGUCAGUCUCCAAUUUUUUUUUUUUGUAUCCACAUUUCUCCUAAACUAUGGCAAGGAUUCUUUACUUUCAAAAUUGCUGUCAAUGCAGAGGCAGUGAUGAUAGAGCUUCCACCCAAAGAAUUGUCUGUGGUGAAUACCCACUCUGUUCCAACUGUCUUUCAGCUUCCCCAAUCCAUUCUCCUUUAGGCAAUCUAAACAAAACUAUCUGCACCUCCCCGCUUUUAUCUCUGCAAUGAAAAGGGCUAGAGACUUAAAUUUUAAUUGUUGUACACUGGGAACUUGAA